CUCGAACCAUGCUGAUCCAGGUCAUUUCCCAUUGUUCGCAGUAUGUUGUGAGUUUCUUGAUCCUCCUUUGAGCUCGAGCCAUGCUGAUCCGAGCUGUCUCGAGCCAUGCUUUACUGAAAACAUCGCCCACCCGUUCACAGGAUCAUGUGAGUGUGUUCUUCUGCAGUCGAGCUCGAGCCUUGCUCACUUGUGACAUUGCUCGCUCACUCACAGGCUUUCAGUGUUUUAAUCCUCCGUGGAGCCAGCUUGGUUCUGGUGAAUCUUCAGGCCGCAUUGCAGUGAAUAUGCUGAUUUUCAAUCAUUUAGCUGCUGUCAUUAUUUUCGAACACUCUUUCUACUUUUUGACCAGCGACGCCAUCCUAAGGACCAGCAAGAAUCUGUUCCCUCUUUUCAUGUCGCUCUCGAGCGGUAUAUGGCGUCUCCGCAUGCAAUUACUGUCAGUUUCAACAAGAAAAGUCUUCAUAUCAAGUCUUCCUUGUUUCAACCAAGGCUGGUGGACUUGGUAUAAAUCUUACAAAAGCAUCAACCGUCAUCAUGUGCGACUCUUCCUGCUCGUCUCUCUCCCUGGUUCUCCUGCUCGUUUGCUUCCCUCCUCCUACUCUCGUCCAUCGUCCGUGCUUGUCUGAGCCACGUCAGCAGUUGCUGACGUGCACUGGGCGUUUGCGCAUGGUGUUGGGAACGGUUUGGUGGACGUGGUGGGCAUCGUCGACGCAACAUCUCAAUAUUGCAGUCGAACCCGGUUCGAACGCGAACCGGACCUCCCGAACGCGUUCAGAGGCGUUCGGUCCAGAGUUCGACCAACAGCUGAACCUGAACCUAGCUUUCGGUUCGGCGCGGACUUCGGCAGCACUACGAGUCCCACACCCCCAGGUCAGUCUACAGUAAUCUAACUUUGUCUUUGCGUGUAGUACUUCGUUCAGCGAACUAGGUGUAGAAAAGAGCGUACCACGCAAACGCAGUCUCACAAAUACUGCUCCUCCACCCACCCACCAUACUCACGCAAACUCCCAUUCCUACGGGGAACACACCCAA